UUGUUUGUUCUGGCUUUCCAGCUUUUGUAUCGCUUUUUUGUUGUUGCCUGAAAAUGGCGAAAGUAAAAAAGAUCAUUGAAGAUGCUCGAGAUUCACAGAACAAUGAAUUGGAUCUGGUCGACAAGGGCAUAGCUAUCUUCGAUGAUCUACCGUCCAUUAUGACUUUGUCGAAUCUCACGAGACUGUCUCUGGCGCACAAUAAGUUGACAAGUCUUCCUGCUCAUAUCGCGAACUUCUUUCACUUGGAAAUUUUGAAUCUUUUCAAUAAUCACCUGGAGGAUCUGCCGACGUCCAUUUCCUCCAUGCCAAAUCUUCGGAUCCUCAACCUGGGAAUGAAUCGCCUCAGCGUUUUGCCGAGAGGGUUCGGAGCUUUUCCUGUUCUCGAGGUUCUGGACCUCACGUAUAACAACUUGAGUGAAAAAUCUCUUCCUGGAAAUUUUUUCAUGAUGGAAUCAUUAAGAGCGCUUUACCUGGGAGACAACGAUUUUGAAGUUAUUCCGCCGGAAAUCGGGAUGCUGAAGAACCUGCAGAUCCUUGUGUUUAGAGAUAAUGAUCUGAUUUCUCUGCCAAAGGAAGUUUGUAGUCUGACGCUGCUUCGAGAACUUCAUGUAGACGGAAAUAGGUUGACGGUGCUUCCUCCUGAGCUUGGAAACUUGGACUUCCUGGGUCCCAAAAGCUCUUUGCGUUUGGACAAUAAUCCUUGGGUCAAUCCGAUUCAGGAUCAGUUACAAAUUGGCAUAUCUCAUGUCAUAUCUUACAUUCGCACGGAGACUUACAAAUAUUUGUAUGGACGUCACAUGGCGGCAGGGAUUCCACCACCGCCAAAAACGAACGACAAGACCAAGAAAAUCUCCAGAAAACCCGGCAAAUGUACCGAAGUGAGGAAUGAAUUGGAAAGCAAGUUCACCAUGGAGAAAGAGGCAAUCAAACCGCCUGACCUGCCAGCCAGAAGACGUGGCGGCAACAAGUUUGGUCCUCACCGGACAGUUCCAGUUUCGUCUAUCUUGGACACGAAACCUGGACCAAGAAUUUUGCGAAAGGAGGAAAAUGCGUGGAAUUAUGGUGCGGUGAAACCCCUGCUGGAUUCAGAAGCAGAUUUUCCUUCGCUUACCCCGCAGAAAAGAAACGUCGAUUACUCUUCCACCGAGGAAUCGAAGCAAGGAAAAACGGCUGUUUUCGUUCCCUCUUUGCAUUCUUCGCGGAAGCGUGAAAAUGUUGUAGAUUCAAGUGGUAGUUUAUCUCGAGCAAAUGAGGAGCGUUUUUUUGACGAUUCUACUGACGGCGUGAGAAGGUCGAAGACAAGAGGUCCCCGACCGUUUAACUCGGUUCAUAAAAAGACCAACAAAAAUAAAAAUGAGACACCUGAAGAAAUCCAAAAGGAAUUUCCAUUAGAGAACAGCUUGCGCUCAAAAACAACUGAAAUAUUAGAGAAGUCCGAGGAAAAGAAGAAGAAGAGGAGGAGUCGUAAUAAGCGAAAGCCUGAAACACUUGGAUCUAAGUCUGUUCAGGUUUGGGACAGGACAAAAUUCGAAAAAUUCAAGAAUGCGUCGGCAGCCAAUGAUGAAAAACAGAACGUGACUGUCAGUGAACUUGGUGACGAAGAUUUCCCAGAAUGGCCACUCGGUCAUUCGUCGUUCACAACGAGUCCGCAGAAGAAGCCUGAUCAUCCAAAAGAAGAAAUAUGCGUGAAAAAAGAAAUAUGCGUGAAGAAAGAAGUUGACGACGGCUGGGAGGAUAUUACAGAACCCUGGGUUAGCUAUCCGUGGUCCAAACCAGACGAUAGUGGAGAGGUGCAUGAAACUGCCGCUGGUCAUUUGCAAAAGCUUUCCACCGGUCUUAGUUACAGCAACGUACUGAAAUCGCUUCUGCCCAAGGAAACACGGAAAGAAAAAACGGAAGGUGGGGAAUCCGGAAAUGCUAAAACAUCUGAAAAAAAGAAAACUCGACAGAAGCGGAAGACGAAAGUUGGAAGUGCGGAAAAAGCUUCCGCUGCUCUUCAAUUGUCAACACCCCCGAAGCGGAACGAACCCAUUAAACUCGACCUUUUUGCUGCAGUGUUAUCUGCGAAAGUCAAAAAAGAAAAAUCGGUGUCUCCGAUAGUCGUGCAGAAGAAGGUUUCAGCUAUCAAAACAAUUGGAAACAUUCUGGAUUCAACUGCUCCACGAGUGCGUCGAGGUAAAGAACGUGAGAAGCCGAAGGUGAAAAAGAAAACUCGCCUCAAGGCGUUGAUAUUAGCUGAGCGUGCUCAACGUGCUAAGACGAGGAAAGCGCUUUCUGAAAUCAAUUGGGAUGACGCUGAAGUUACGGUUCUAAGUCCUGGUGUUGAACCUCUCUCGAAGAAUCGUGAUGAAUUGAAAGCGCAACAAAUGACUGCUUUGCACGAUUCGAGCAGAAACUCGGGCUCUUACCUUUAUUCAAGGCGCUUUCGCGAUUAUUGUGACAAUUCAGUUACCCCGGAAUUGAAUGAUCACGUGACUCGUCUGAUCAAGGAGUUGAUGCGAUUUCAGGACAGGCUGCAUCAAAAAGACCCCGUUAAAGCACGUAUGAAGCGCCGCCUGGUUUACGGACUUCGUGAAUGCAUUAAACACGCGUCUCUCAAACGUGUGAAGGCUGUUCUCAUUGCACCGGACCUAGAAAAGGUGGAAGGUCCGGGUGGUUUAUAUGACAUGAUUUCAACCAUCAAAGAACUUUCAACGCAGCAUAGCUUCCCUUUCAUUGCUUGUCUGAAUCGGAAAAAGUUGGGGUAUGUCUGUAUGAAGCGCGCUCCAGUGUCUGCUGUUGCAGUCCUUGAUUAUUCUGGAGCCGAGGAGAUUUUCAAACCCUUAGUGGCGAUUUUUCAAGUUGCAAAAACCAAUUUUGAGGAACGGGUAAAAAUGGUCGAAACACAAAUAAAGUUGGGUGGUGAUACCGGAGACAUUCCGUCAAAUUCAUCGGACCUGGGGAAAUGUCACGAAGUUGAUUCGGAAGAGAAAGAUCUGGUUUUCACUGAGAAAUCUGGAGAAUCAGAGGAAAACCAAAGGCUUGAACUUGUUUGUGCGAGUAGCUCAAAAUACCCUGAACGUUUAGGCGAAGAUUUUUUGAAAGCUUGUGAUUGAGUCCGGAUUGCUGUGGUGCUUGCUUUGUUUACGGAUGGAGAACUUCUAGAAUCGUCAUGCUUGCUGUUCCAGGCGAAGGGUAUUAAGUGCACCUUUCAUAUUGAUGGAAGGUGUUGCUGUUUAAAAUAAAUAAUUUUUCGAAA